CCCGGAGCCGGCGAGUGCUCCCGGGAACUCGGCCAGCGCGGCGGCGGGGAUCCAGGCCCUGCGCGCCGGGAGCCGGCCUACUUGGGGAGCUGCGGGAGGCGCGCGCGGGAGGGCCGGCCGGGCCAGGGCCCUGGGCGCUCGCCGAGGCCGGCCACGCUCCCAGCCCGCCGGAAACCCAUGCUCCAGGGCUGGCCUGUGCUGCGGCUGGAAGAGGGGCCCGGCUCUGCAUGGCCCCGGCUGCUGCGAUGACUUCUUUGCCUCUCGGUGUCAAAGUGGAGGACUCCGCCUUCGGCAAGCCUGCGGGGGGAGGCGCGGGCCAGGCUCCCACCACGACCGCGGCCACGGCGACCGCCAUGGGCACAGAUGAGGAGGGGGCUAAGCCCAAAGUGCCCCCUUCGCUCCUGCCCUUCAGCGUGGAGGCGCUCAUGGCCGAUCACAGGAAACCCGGGGCCAAGGAGAGCGUCCUGGCGACCUCCGAGGGCGCGCAGGCGGCGGGUGGCUCCGUGCAGUCGCUGAGCGUCCGGCCCGGGUCUCUGGGCGGCCCGGACGCGCCCUCCUCUCCGCGGCCGCUCGGCCAUUUCUCGGUGGGAGGACUGCUCAAGCUGCCAGAAGAUGCUCUGGUCAAGGCCGAGAGCCCCGAGAAGCCCGAUCGGACCCCGUGGAUGCAGAGUCCCCGCUUCUCCCCGCCCCCAGCCAGGCGGCUGAGCCCCCCGGCCUGCACCCUCCGCAAGCACAAAACCAACCGCAAGCCCCGCACGCCCUUCACCACCGCGCAGCUGCUGGCGCUGGAGCGCAAGUUCCGGCAGAAGCAGUACCUGUCCAUCGCCGAGCGCGCCGAGUUCUCCAGCUCGCUCAGCCUCACCGAGACGCAGGUGAAGAUCUGGUUCCAGAACCGCCGCGCCAAAGCCAAGAGACUGCAGGAGGCAGAGCUGGAGAAGCUGAAGAUGGCCGCGAAACCCAUGCUGCCACCAGCCGCCUUCGGCCUGUCCUUCCCUCUCGGCGGCCCCGCAGCUGUGGCCGCAGCCGCUGGCGCCUCACUCUACAGUGCCUCUGGCCCCUUCCAGCGCGCCGCGCUGCCGGUGGCGCCCGUGGGACUCUACACCGCCCAUGUCGGCUACAGCAUGUACCACCUGACAUAGGUGGGUCCAGAGUCGCCCCCCACGGUGCCUCCCCUGCCCCCCAGCCAUCUCUUCCAGCUGAGCCCUUCCUACCACGCUCCCCUGCCCACACUACCUGGCCCCUUCUCUUUAACCCAGGUCCUGGAUCCUUCUCCAAGAGUUCCUUCUCCCGUCUGACCCCUCUGGAAAAAAAAAAGGGGGGUGGCUGGAAGGGUCAGCUU